GUCCUCUAACAGCUUCAGUCGUUCAUGAAGUUCGAAGGACGACAUACGCUCAGGAGGGUCUAAUUCGGUGGUUAUCUUUCACCCUUUUCGUGUCUUAAUUAAGAAAUUCUUUCAAAUUUUCCCUCAAAAUUUCUCUUGUUACGUCCUAACGCAAAAGGGCACUAUUAUUCUAUCACUUGAAUUUCUCAGCGAGAAUUAUAUUAUAUUUAUAUAUAGUUUAGACCAUUAUUAGUCGUCAUAAGUCAAUUUCUUUCAUUUCACUUAUUAAAAUACCAUACAUUCACAUACCGAGAAGAAGAGUACGGGAGUUCCUUUUUACAAAUCUAACGAGAAUGCGUCGCCACAUCGUCGCCACAGUUUUUCUACUGUGCUGUUUCCAAGAGCUAGUGGGAGGUGUUUGUCCACGGAUAUGCCCAAUUGGGGGCGAGCCGGUAUGCGGCAGUGAUGGUAUUAUAUAUGCAUCACAGUGUGAAAUGCGCAAGAAAAUGUGUGGAAAAGGUGUGACAAUGGCAACUGAUAAAACAGCGUGCUUGAGAUCUUCGGGUAGUAAAUGCGAACACCGUUGCCCAACUGAUCAAGAUCCUGUAUGUGGCACCGAUGGCCGUACCUAUCUUAACAAGUGUAUGCUCAGAGUUGAGAUAUGCAGGGUGGGAAUCGAACUCUCACAUCUUGGUCCAUGUAACAAUAUAUCAGCACACCGAGAAAACUGUCCAGUAUCCUGUGAUUUUGCCCCCCUAGACGGACCGGUUUGUGGAAGCGAUGGAAAUGUCUAUAAGUCGACAUGUCAAAUGAAACUUCUCACAUGCAGACAAGGUGUAGUAAGGACAAAUAAAAAGCAUUGCCAGACAACAAGACACUGUCGGGAAUCAUGCUGGCGAGGUGCUAAGCCAGCAUGUGGCAGUGAUGGCAAUCUAUAUGCUAACACGUGUAAAAUGCGAGCCAAAAAUUGUGGGAAACAUGUAUUCGAGGUACCUAUGUCAUUUUGCGUAUCCAGAGAACGAACAUCUAGUAGCGUUCCUACUGCUUGUCCACUCGAUUGUAACAAUGAUAAAUCAAUUCAAGUUUGUGGAUCUGAUGGAAGUAUUUAUAAGAAUGAGUGUGAAAUGCAGAUGCUAAAUUGUGGGCAAUCCAGAAGGAAAAUAACUGUAGUUGAUUUUGACAAAUGUCGAACACGUCUGAUAAAAUGUUCUAAACAACAACAAAAAUGUGGAAAUGAUGUAGAUCCAGUGUGUGGAAGUGAUGCUACCACCUAUCCCAAUCAAUGUCAUUUAAACGUUGCCAUCUGCUUGAAAGGAAUUCAACUAGCCCAUGUCGGCGAAUGCACGACUCUAAAAGAAGUUGAAGAAUGUCCGGGUGAUUGUAAUGAUGUUUUGGAGGAACCCGUUUGUGGCAGCGAUGGAAAUGUUUAUCGAUCACAAUGUCAUUUACGUCGUGAAACGUGCGGUCAGAGAGUAGUUUCUGUGCCAGCUCAGCAUUGCCGAACAACAGCAUUAUGUAAUCAAAUAUGUAAUGGUGAACAUGGUCAAUUUGUUUGUGGAUCAGAUAAUAAACUUUAUCGAAAUGAGUGUGAAAUGAAAAGAGAUAAUUGCGGGAAACACGUGUACGUAGUACCAAUGAAGAGAUGCGUACAAGGUUUUCUCUUUCGAGGCUGCCAAAAAAUCUGCCCUCCCUAUUAUGAUCCAGUGUGUGGCACUGAUGAAAUGACUUAUAGUAAUGAAUGUUUUCUUGAAAUUGAAAACUGUCGUAGUAGAAGUGUCGUUACAAAGCAGUACCAUGGAGUUUGUGGACAACCUACGGAGGAACCCAAGAAUUAUUUAUAUUGAUGAAUGAGUGAAUAUCAUCUUGACAUAAAUUCCACAAUCGAAUACUUGCCGUUCUAGAUUAAAAGGAAGAAGUAAGCUAGAUAAAGAAUUUAAUUCAACAUUAAUUAUUGUGAAUUUGUCAAUUGAAAUAUUCUCUAUAAUUGAAAUUUCAAUUUUCAAAGAGCCAUUAAAAAUAAACUCACACACAACCAGAUAUUUCUGCGUUGUCCUCCUCAAUUUUCUACUUCGGUUUGUGAUGUAUGUCCACAGAUAUAUUAUUAUCAGUUUCAUUUUUAUUUUUACAAUCAUAUUUUCCCCCCCUGUUUCAUUAGGUUUAUCAUUAUUCAAGUCGCUUACAUUAUUAUUUAUUAUCCACACACUGUUAACAUCAUAUUAAUGUUAUUGAUGGACGCAUGUGUUCAUCCUUUGCAUAUUAAAGAGAGUAAUAAUGGUGCUUAUAUGA